AUGUCGGUCAAGGGCUUUGUUUUCAAAACGGCAAAGGCGCAGAACAAGCCUGCGAGCAAAUUCCGCAACUUCAUCGAGCGCAGCAGCAACGCCGCAUUUCCUGCUGGUAACGCUCUGUACCUGAAAGGCUUGGACGACAUCGUUGGGCUCUCUGUGGUUCACCCGUUGAUGCAGCGAACGCGGCCGGACGACGAAGAGGACACGCACUCUGGGUGGACUUUUGUGGACCCUGCGACUACUCCUUCUCUCACUGGACCAACGGGUUUCGGGACUUACUCGUCCAAGGACUGCACCCCCGACACGGUCAACAAUGCGCGCUUCGUUCGGGACCUGUACGAGAAGUGCACUUCGGAGAAAACGGCCUACUCGGUGCCUUUGCUCUGGGACAAGAAGAACAACACUAUCGUCUCCAACGACUCCGCGGACAUCGUGCGUAUGUUCAACAGCGCGUUCAAUGACCUGGUGCCUUCCAAGCUAGACCUGUACCCUGAGGAGUUCCGUUCGGAGAUCGACGAGGUCAACGACUGGAUCUACAACGACGUCAGCCACGGCGUCUACAAGUGCGGGUUCGCUGGCACGCAGGAGCUCUACGACGCCGCCGUCGCCAACGUUUUCGCCGGUCUGGACCGCGCCGAGAAGAUUUUGUCGGAGCACCGCUACCUCGUCGGCGACCGGUUCACGGAAGCUGACCUCAAGUUGUUCCCGACGCUCGUCCGCUUCGACGAGGUGUACGCCGUGCACUUCAAAGCCAACAAGAAGCUCAUCGAACAGUAUCCGAACCUCAGCAACUACGCCCGGGACAUCUACCAGUUGCCUCGCAUGGCGAAGACCGUGAAUAUGCAGCACAUCAAGAUCCACUACUACGGAUCACACACCCACUUGAACCCGUUCGGAAUCAUCCCAGCAGGCCCCAACGUUGGCAUUACUCGUCCUCACGACCGCGACCGAUUCACGAACGCAAUUCUGCCUGCGAUCUAA